AUGCUCUCAAUGUUCGAGAUAACGUUGGGCAACUGGCCACCAGUAUGCAGGCUGCUCUCCGAGAAAGUUUCGGAAUGGUUUAUGCUGCUUUGUGUGUUGCACAAGCUGGUCAUUGGCUUUGCUGUCGUGGGAGUCAUCAACGGCGUUUUUAUCCAGGAAACCUUCAAAGUGGCAUCUUCUGACAAUCAGAUAAUGAUGAGGCAAAAAGAGCGGUCGUCAAAUCUGCACGAGAUGAAGAUGCGGCAGUUGUUUCUGGAAGCUGACAAUGACCAAGACGGCUUGGUGAGCCGAGAGGAGUGGCGUGCACUGGUAAGCCAUCCUGCUGUACAGUUAUGGCUCGGCUCAAUGGACCUGGAUGCAGCCGAUGGCGAUGGACUGUACGAUCUUAUCCUCGAUGCAGACAAAGACGGGGACCUAACAAUGGAUGAGCUCAUCAGGGGCGUGGCCCGCCUCAAAGGGCAGGCCAGAAGUUAUGACCUACAGAUGCUGUUGCGGCAGGUGAAUUUCCUAACAGAUCAAGUUGAUAAACUCAACCGCAAGUUCAUGGACAAGGGUGCUGGGUCCGCAGCGCUGCAGGACUUUGGCCCAGCGACAGAAGACGUUGGAAACGAAGGUAUGAGCGGAGCCGACUUGGCACCUCACAUGCCAUCGGGUGGAGAACAUAGGUGCAUGGAGUACCACUGUCGGAUUCUGAUUAUGGACACGCACAGGGGCGUGAAGGAGGAGAUUGAGCAUGCUAGCGACAGCUGCCUGGUUUUCGUAGAUGAGGAGAUGGGAGCCGGAGUGCUAGCCUGGAAUUACUUCUUUGAGACCAAGCCUGUCCCGGUCAUCCUGCGAGCCAUUGAAGAUGCCCAUCUGGGACGUAGCGCUUUUCGAGACGGGAGGGCUUUGGAAGACGGCUUGGAUGCUCUCGACUCGGGGUUUGUGAAUGCUCUCGGCGAGAAACGGCAUGUAAAAGUCGCGUUGAAAGACAGCACCUUCCAGCGAUUCGGCGAUUUGAUAGAGGAUAAGGAUCUUGCGAAGCAACAGAUCUCAGAGGCAAUUGCGGCAGGCAAGCAGGUGGAGUGCGAGAUUUACGAGAAGGGCAGGGAAGCGUCCCGCAGCAGUGCAGUCUGCACUUUUCGCGCCUUCCCGGCCUGGAAGUGCAAUGUUGCGUUCAUGCAGUCGCCAUAUGAAGGUCGUGUCGCUGAAUCCUUGGCAGUGGAGCUUGCGAACAGCUGCAAAGGGGCCGAGCAUCGCUGCUUCGGGGCCGUGGUGGAAUUCAGAGGGGCAGGUGCUCGUGUGAUCCUGAGAAGUGGGCCGGGAGGCCCUGACGUCUCACAGGUCGCCCGACACUACGAAGGAAGUGGGUCCAGUACGCGAGCAUUCUUCAUGGUUGACGCUGCUAACGUUGAUAGUAUGUUUGUCAAGCCCGAGAUUGUUUUGCGACAAGUGACGUGGCUGCAGCAUGUCAGCGUUGCACUCGAAGACGAGCAUUGUCUUCAAGCUCAGCCCGGGGACAAAGUAACAGUGAUUUAUCGAGGUGAGCGAAAGCCGUCGACCCCUUUUGAUCAGUGGUCCUGGUGCUACAAGUCGGACGAUCCAAAGCAGGAGGGAUGGUUGCCGACCUUCGCGCACACGCUGUUCGUGGCGACGAGAAGUGAACCUAGCGGUGGGCAAGGCACGGAGAAGGUGAGCGAAGGAGAUCUGAUCCUCCCUUUGGCCCUCCGUGGCGACUUCCUCCUCGGCACUCGGCUAUCGCUUGGGCCGGCGAAUCUGUCGAAUAACUGGUUUCCCUUCGACCAUGAACUCUACAAGCCAGUGCAACCCAGCUCGGCAAAAGUCAUUGUUGAAGAGGCCAACCUCUUUUAUGAGCCUAACAUCCGUGUCGCUGGCUAUGGCUGUGCAUAA